AUGAGACUUGAUAAUGCAGUUUGUGUGGUUACUGGAGGGGCAUCUGGAUUAGGGGCUGCAACUUCAAAAAUGCUGAUUACUAGUGGAGCAAAAGUUUCUAUAUGGGAUUUAAAUGCAAAGCUAGGAGAAAGCCUGGCGAAAGAAUUAGGUGAAAAUGCGAUUUUCUGUUCGGUAAAUAUAAUUAAUACAGAAAGUGUGGAAGCAGCUAUAAAAUCCACCCUCGAAAAAUUUGGAAAAAUCAGCGCAUGUGUAAAUUGUGCAGGAAUUUUAUAUGGGAUGCGUACUCUUACUCCUGUUUAAAUUGGAAGAAAAUAUCAAUAAUUUUUUUUUAAUAUCUUAACCCUUAAAUUUUUAAAUGCUUUUUUAAUGUAACAUAUUUUAGGUAAAGAUACUAAUUCUAUAUAAAUAAUUAGAGCUAAUUUAAUGGAGAAGUGCAAUAGAACGCUAUUUAGUAUUAAUUUUUAUAUUAAUUUUUAUAAAAUUAUUCAAAAUUUUUAUUUAAAAUCUAAAAAAUUAACCCCUUUCAAAUGAAACAGAUGUUUUUGCUCCAAUUUAAAGGGUGGUAAGUCAGCAAAGAUAAAGUUCACUCAUUAGAAGCCUUUGAAAAAGUCAUCAAAGUUAACGUAAUUGGAACUUUCAACGUCGCAAGAUUGGUAGCUAAACAAAUGGCAUUGCAGCCAGCACCUGCUCAGAAUGAAGACAGAGGAGUUAUUAUUAACGUUGCAAGUGUAGCUGGAUAUGAAGGGCAAACAGGCCAAGUAGCCUAUGCAAGCAGCAAAGGGGCUAUUUUAGGUCUUGCACUUCCACUAGCUCGUGAUUUAGCUUUCUAUAAAAUCAGAGUUGGGACUAUCGCACCUGGCGUUUUUAAUACUCCUAUGGGAGAAAAAUUGCCACAAAAGGAAGCAGAUAAUUUAAUUAGGGCUACCCCAUUAAAAAGACUUGGAGACCCUGAAGAAUUUGCUCACGCAGUCAAGUUUUUGAUCGAAAAUCAAUAUAUGACUGGCAGUGUGAUUAGAAUAGAUGGAGGUAUUAGACUCCCACAUCUUUAA